AUGUCACUCAUUCAUCCUGUUCGUCUUCUCCUUCUUGGCGCACCCGGCGCAGGCAAGGGCACUCAGACCUCGCGGUUGCUUCGAUGGUUUCCGGAAAUCAACUCCAUUUCAUCCGGUGAUACUCUUCGGAGUCAGAUUGCCCAAGGAACGGCUAUAGGAAAGGAGGCGUCGGCGUACAUCGACAAGGGAAUGUUGGUGCCCGACGAGACCAUGGUGGGGCUUGUCCAGUCGCAGUUGGAGCAGCGGCGGUGGCUCAAUCGCACUACAUCGUGGCUCUUGGAUGGCUUCCCAAGAACGGCGGGCCAGGCCACAGAGUUGGACAACGUUUUGGGCAAAAAGCAUUGCAACUUGAAUCUUGUAGUAGAGCUCGAUGUGGACCAGAGUGUGAUUUUGCAGAGAAUCGAGGCCAGAUGGGUCCAUCCGGCCAGUGGCCGAGUGUACAAUUUGGACUACAAUCCUCCGGUCAAGCCAUUUACUGACGACUUGACAGGUGAGCCAUUGGUGAAGAGAAGCGACGAUACUGCAGAAGUGUUCCAGAAGCGGUUGGACCAGUAUAAUGCAGAGAUUGAACCGUUGAAGGAGUUUUAUGGCCAGAAGGGCAUUCUUCACAAGGUGAGCGGCGAUACCUCUGAUAUCAUCUUCCCUCAGUUGAAGGAUCUAGUAGACCACAUGUUUGGAUAG